AUGUACAUUGUAAAACGAACAAAAAAACAAAGAGGAAAUCGCACAAAAAACCGGAAAAAAAACGAUGGAAAAUAUGGUAUGAGCGAAAAUAGUGAUAGUUCUGUAUAUAGAAGUCAUGCAGGAAGAUGGUCUUCCGAUGAGCAAGACUUGUUUAUAAAAGGGAUCUUUUUAUAUGGGAAUGAUUGGAGGAGCAUUACCAGUCUCAUAAACACUAGGACGAUGGCGCAAGUGCGAAGUCAUGCGCAGAAGUAUUAUUUUCGUGCUAAAAGGGAAAUGGACUAUAUUCUUGUGGAACAGGAAUUCUUUAAAUCAUUAAGAAGUCGGGAAUUUGAGGCAAAUAAGUCGAAACUACUUCCUUUUGUUCUGGACUAUUCGGCUUUGGACGGUGUUCGAAAUAGCGAGCCUGUACCUCCUGCGGAAGCGCUCUCGUUAUUUGCUACAUUGUCACAAAAGGAAGAACCGUGCUACGCACAGUCGUCUUCACUCAAUUGA